AGAGACUGCUGCUGUGGAUCCGACAGGGGAACUAACAAAAGGUCGGAGGGCACCGUUGUUCAGCUGAUGUGGAGGUAGAGACGAUCACAUGAGGCUCUCCAGGAUGAACGACCAUGUUGCCACCAAGGAGCUGUGACGGCACUGUGGAGCCACUUUCUUAGCUUCACUUGGAGUUGUGCAACCUUUCUACAAGACCUGUUUGACUUACCUUCUCUGAAACAAAUACAGUGAAUAUAAUAAGGGAACACCUUGCCAUCUUUUAAAAAAAAAAAAAUGGAGACUCUUUCCCAAGAUUCGAUUCUGGAGUGCCAGAUCUGCUUCAACUACUACAGCCCCCGCCGGCGGCCCAAACUCCUGGAUUGCAGACACACGUGCUGCUCGGUGUGUUUGACCCAGAUGCGCAGCAGCCAGAAGGAGAUUCGUUGUCCAUGGUGCCGUGGCGUCACCAAGCUCCCUCCGGGCCUAUCCGUCUCCCAACUCCCAGAUGACCCGGACAUCAUCACUGUCAUCGCCAUCCCUCACGCCUCUGAGCACACGCCCGUCUUCAUCCGCCUCCCCAGCAACGGCUGCUACAUGCUGCCACUGCCCGUCGCCAAGGAGCGGGCGCUCGGCCUGCCUGGGGAGCUGGGAUGUCGUUUCCUGCCUGGCAGCCAGCAGAAGGGGGUGACGGUGGUGACCGUGCCCGAGCAGCAGCCUCUGGGCCUGGGUAUGGCUCUGGAGGGUGUGGGGGUGGGGCUGGAGGGUGUCGAGGGAGAGAGGAGAGUUACUGGCCCGGUGGGAGGUGGUGGGAAGGGCUCCACGUGGUCCGGCGUGUGCACAGUGAUCCUGGUGGCAUGCGUGCUGCUCUUCCUCCUGGGCAUCGUGCUGCACAACAUGUCCUGCAUCUCCAAACGCUUCACUGUCAUCUCCUGCGGCUGAGGGCGAGGGGAGGCUGCUCGGACUGCCGCGGACCCCCCCUGGAUUCCCCCUCUAGCCCUGCCUCUCCUCAGGGCGGGACUCUGCUGAGGAGAGGGGACUAAACUCACAUCAUGGGCAUCUAAGGAAAAUACAGAGCAACGUAGAGAGAAACCGAUGAAGAAGAAGAGAGCGGGGAGGAGAUCCACAAAAUGUCUGCCAUUGUGUCCCAUCUUUUUAUUUGGGAGACUGAAAUUAAAAUGGAAAUACAGAUAAAACCUUGUCCAAUAGCAGUCUGCCGGCCCUGAAAAUCCUGCCCUUUUCCCGUCCUUCAAUUUUCUCCGAAAAGAACGCUUUUGGGAAUUACUCCAGAAAUGUUUUUGGCCCGCUGAUUUCUUUUUGGCCAGCUGAUAUGUUUUUUGGCGAAGGGCCGAUUUGACACUCGCACUCACGGUCGUUGGAUUGCCUGUUUAGUCUGUGGUUUGUAGAAGUACAUCAGUUAUCAUAGUGUUGUUUAGCUGAGUGUAGGUUCCAAGUGCGGGUCUCCAGCCGGUGAUGCAGUACAAAGAGUUCGGAAUUGGCUGCUCUCCGUUCUCUGAUGCUGCAGGAAUUAACUGUGCAGGAUCCACGUCUGGCUCCUUUUUGAAUCAUUUGGGAAACUUUAAAUCAACGCAGGGUUCAUUCUCUCUUUUUUUUUUUAUUCCUUU